AUGCUUCUCGUCCGACGACUUUCUGCAAGUGGCAGUCUCCAAACAACAGAAUUGAUUGAAGCAACCAACAGCGACUCCGCCCAAGUUCACGAAGAUAAUGUAGAGCGGAAUGAAGAAAAAUCUCAUUCGCAUGGGAGCUGUGGCCAAGAAGCCCUCAUCUUCGAUGCUGCAGACGGGGAAGAAUUUGAGAACUCGCUGCGGCAAAGGCAAAGAAGGGCAGUCUACGAGUCGAUCAGCCGACUUGCUCUCUUUCCGCUCUGGGUGACUUCUUCGCCUACAAGGACUACCUGCCAUGAGAUGAGGAAGGGUUCAGACAUUCAGACAUACUCCCCAUCGCCGGCUCGGACUGGUUUUGUGAAUGUGCCGUCCUUUAUGAUGCAGACACCCAGUUCGCUAGGUCCUCGGUCUGGCUUUGAAUCUGUGGCUGAGGUUGAGGAGGUGAUUCGUCUCGGCAAUCUUUUCAAAACUGAAAUGCACUCUCAUCUCCCGAGACGCAAUGUCGGUACCACUGCCGCCCGUCUAGAGAGAGUUUUCAUGGCUACCAUUGGCAUUUACGCUCAUCUCUUGUUCGUUACUGAGCACUCUGUUAAGCAAUCACUCGAUUAA